AAAAUCCAGUCCACCAGAUCUCCUGAGAAGUCCUCAUUGGAUUUAGUCAACAUUCAGGCGCAGCUAGAGAAAUGGGAUGAAGUGAAGUUUCAUGGAGACAGGGCCAGCAAAGGCUUCCCGGUGCCUGAGAGAAAACCUUCAUCUUCUAGAGCUCCAUCGAAAGAAUUUAUCUGGUCCGCAGAGAACAAAUCCCAAUCGGAAGCGGCUGGCGUCAAGGCUACGGUGGAAUCGGAUUCAGCCUCAGAUUUGGAGUUAGCCCCUGCACCAAAGGCACGACCUACCAAAGAGCAACGCUGGGGAAGCGCCCUCCUCUCACGAAACCAUUCCUUGGAAGAGGAAUUUGAACGAGCCAAAGCAGCGGUCGAGUCAGACACAGAGUUUUGGGAUAAGAUGCAAGCCGAGUGGGAAGAAAUGGCUCGGAGGAACUGGAUUUCCGAUGGCCAAGACGCUCCAGGCCAGGUAGCUGUCUCCAUCAACGAGAAGGGCUAUUAUUUUCAUACUGAAAACCCCUUCAAAGAGUGGCCCGGCCCUUUCGAAGAAGCCCUGAAAAAACUGAAAGAAGGGGACCUGCCCCUCACCAUCUUGUAUCUGGAAGCUGCUAUUCUGCAAGACCCUCAUGACGCUGAGGCCUGGCAGUAUCUUGGUAUAACCCAAGCCGAGAAUGAAAAUGAACAAGGAGCUAUUGUUGCCCUCCAGAGGUGCUUGGAGCUUCAGCCGAACAACCUGAAAGCCCUGAUGGCCUUGGCAGUGAGCUACACCAACACCAGCCACCAGCAGGAAGCCUACGAAGCCCUACGGAACUGGAUCAAGCAGAACCCCAAGUACAAGUACUUAGCCCGCAGCAAGAGAGGGUCGCCGGCCCUGACCAGGAGAAUGUCCAAGGCAGCAGAGGAGAGGUGACUGGCCGUGGCGGGAGUAUUCUGGUGACUGGUGGAGGGGGGACAUUGAAAUGCCAACUGGAUUGUAAGCCAGUUUGAGACUCCUUUGGGUAGUGAAGGGCGGGGUAUAAAUCCAAUCUCUUCUCUCUUCUUCCUUUCUUGUCAGGAUUAUUCUCUGUGGAACCGUCUGGGUGCCACCCUAGCAAACGGGGACCGGAGUGAGGAAGCCGUGGAGGCCUACACGAGAGCUCUGGAAAUCCAGCCUGGCUUCAUCAGGUCCAGGUACAAUUUAGGAAUCAGCUGCAUCAACCUGGGAGCCUACAGAGAGGCCGUCAGCAAUUUUCUCACAGCCCUCAAUUUGCAACGAAAAAGCCGGAAUCAGCAGCAGGUUCCGCACCCUGCAAUUUCAGGUAAUAUCUGGGCAGCUUUGCGAAUCGCUUUGUCUAUGAUGGACCAGCCAGAACUUUUUCAAGCUGCUAAUGUGGGCGACCUGGAUGUUCUAUUAAGAGCUUUCAAUAUUGAUCCCUGA